AUGGCUGCCACCAAGCGUCAAGUCGCCGACGAGGCAGACACCGUCCGCCCAAGCAAGAAGUCGAAGCCCCUCGAGCCUGAGGUCGACGCUGAUUCGGACAAGGCUCGCCUGAAGAAAGAAAAGAAAGAGAAGAAGAAGACUAAGAAGGGCCAGGAGGAGGCUGAGACGGAGACCAAUGAUGAUGUCGACCAGGACGAAGCCGAGCGCAAGGCUGCGAAGAAGGCGCGCAAGGAGGCCAAGAAGCUGAAGAAGGCUGCCGCUGCCGCGGCAGACGAGGCCACCAAGGUGCCCGAUGCACCUGCGCCCGAGGUGGCGGAGGAGCAGAAGAAGGAGAAGAAGCCCAAGAAAAGCAAGAAGGGUUCAGAGCCCGUGUCCAAUGGCUCCGUCAUCAGCGGCUCGUACGAACAGACCAUCACCCUGACCGACGUCCCCCAAGCGGACAUUGAUGCGUUCCUGUCCAAGCACCAGAUCACCACCACGGACCCGUUGAACUCCGAGGUCACCCUUCGUCCGGUCGUCGAAUUCCACCACCUGCCGUCCACAAACCUCCUCGAGAAGCAACCCUCGCCCUUUGCUGGCUUCAAGACCCCUACACCGAUCCAGGCGGCGUCAUGGCCAUUCACACUUUCUGGCCGCGAUGCCGUUGGCGUUGCGGAGACUGGAUCUGGCAAGACCAUGGCUUUCGCUCUGCCCUGUGUCGAGAGCGUCGCAGCCAUUGGUAAGAAGGGCGUCAAGGCCGUCGUCGUCUCACCCACCCGCGAGCUCGCCAUGCAGACACACGUGCAGCUCGAGAGCCUCGCGUCCAAAGUCAACCUCAAGACCGUCUGCCUCUACGGCGGCGCGUCCAAGGAUGAGCAGCGCGCCCUCCUCAAGCGCGGUGCGGAUAUCAUCGUCGCCACCCCUGGGCGGCUGAAGGACUUUAUGUCCGACGACACUGUGAACCUGUCCGGUGCCAAGUUUGUCGUCCUUGACGAGGCGGAUCGCAUGCUCGACAAGGGUUUCGAGGACGACAUCAAGAACAUCCUCGGUGCUUGCCCUACUAGGGAGAACAGGCAAACACUCAUGUUCACGGCUACAUGGCCCCAGUCAGUCCAAACCCUUGCCUCGACAUUCAUGGUGUCCCCCGUCAAGAUAACCAUUGGCGUGCAAGGAAAGGAGUCGGCGGAUGGCAGCGUAGAACUCCAGGCAAACACUCGCAUCACUCAGAAAGUCGAGGUUAUGGAGGGCCACGAGAAGGAGAACCGUCUGCUACAGAUCCUCAAGCAGUACCAGCAGGGCAAGAACCGCAAUGAUCGGAUUCUGGUCUUCUGCCUGUACAAGAAGGAAGCCACCCGAGUUGAGAACACUCUGAGGAGGAAGGGCGUGAAUGUAGGCGGCAUUCACGGUGAUCUGCGUCAGGAGCAGAGGACGCAGAGUUUGCAAGCAUUCAAGGAGGGCAAGACGCCCGUCCUCGUGGCAACAGAUGUCGCGGCACGAGGCUUGGACAUCCCAGAGGUCAAGCUGGUCAUCAACGUCACAUUUCCCCUGACGAUCGAGGACUACGUCCACCGCAUUGGCCGUACCGGUCGCGCUGGCAAGACAGGCGAGGCCAUCACCUUUUUCACGACACAAGAUAAGACACACUCGGGAUCUCUCGUCAAUAUUCUGCGUGGCGCCAACCAGCCCGUACCAGAUGAACUCCUAAAAUUCGGCACCACCGUCAAGAAGAAGACGCACGACCUCUAUGGCGCAUGGGCCAAGGAUGUAGACAUGACACAAAAGGCGACCAAGAUCACAUUCGACUAG